UAGUAACAAUCAUGUGGGAGCACUGGUACCUAUACACAAUUUGAAUGUCUAAAUACAUAAAAAACCUCGGGCAUACUCUUAAUACAACCUUUUACAUCUUCUUGAAGCUUGGAAUUGUGAUCUUUCUCUUAGUGGUAAAGACUAAAUGAAGAAAAUUUCAAUUACAUUUAGGUAUAGUAAAUCCCGCUAAUGGUUAAAGACGAAAUUUCCUACUUACAGAAUAAAUUAUUUCAUGUCAUUGAUCAAGUUGACUAUAUACAGUUAAUCAUAUGAAGUUUCAGGGACACAGUUUACAAUAACAUAUAGAACUUAACUGGGAUAUAAAAUGAAAUCGUUUAGGUGAAUGAAUAAUCAAGUUUCACAAUUUUUGUUUCGCUUAACAUAUAUUUUUAUACCUACUGUUAUUUUUCGACACUAAUAUUUGGAUAAAAACCCAUUUGUAGCGUUCGUAAAAUAAACAGGUGAUGGUAUUUAGACAUAUUAUAAUUAUGUUGUAAAAUUUUAUACGUGUUUUGUCAAUUUUUUAUUAAUGCCAUAGAACGUAUUUUGAAAUGAUUUUAAUAACUGCAACAUAAAAUAAAUAACUCGGUUUAAAUCUCCACAGAUACGUCUCCCUUAUAAUUAUGCUGUAUUAUGAACAACGCCUUAUCCUCCCGAAAACUUUUUCAGCAUCAACAAUUAUCAAGUCAGCAGUCAAAUAAAAAACGAUACCAGAACAAUAUAUCAGCUAAUUAAUUAAAACAACAUUAACAUGCCGUUGCUGACGGUACCGUUCCGGGAGGAUUCCCUAUCACAGUCACGCUUCUGAGAUAUAUUUUUAUAAAUAUUAUAGACAGGCUUCAUUUGUCACACAUCCUGGUUGAUGUUCAGUUAUAUUUACGAUCGUCCUCAGUUGGUGUCGAGUGAAAAUGUUAUCGAAACUCAUUGUGAUACAAGGUUUUAUUCUCCUAGUUCAUAUUAUGAACGCGGAAUCACAGAUAUGUGAGAGGAAAGAAGUAAUAACGAAACAUGUGAACUUGUCGUAUUGGGGCCCUGUCUCCGUCACAUACCUGGGCUCCUGCCCUACUAGGUGCAUACGAACCCGCCGGAAGGUGGUCAUAAAAUAUAGAACUGUCCUGAACACUCAGGAAUCAAAUGUAAAAUAUUGCUGCAGCGGCUAUACCAGAAAAGAUACCUCAAGCGAUGACAGUGCCAUCGAAUGUGCUCCGAUAUGCAUGCCUUCAUGUAAGAACGGCUACUGCGCCUCCCCAGGGACCUGUGCUUGCAACAAUGGAUACGUGCCAGACCCUGAAAACAGCCACAACUGCUUGCCGGUAUGCGAGCAGAACUGUACUAAUGGAGCUUGUGUCGCAGCAAAUGUAUGUGUAUGCAACUUCGGUUACUCACUCGUCAACGAUUCUUGCCAGCCUAUUUGUACGGAACCAUGUCAUAACGGUACCUGCGUGUCUCCAGAAACCUGUGAAUGCCACAUCGGUUAUAGAAAGUCUGAGCGAAAUAUCUGUGAACCCUACUGCUCGCGUGGCUGUGUGCACGGCGCAUGCAUCGCACCUGAAGAAUGCAGCUGUAACCAUGGUUACCGCUUAUCAGAAAGUGAAGAUUUAGCAAACAAAGUUUGCAAACCUUUCUGUUCCGAAAAUUGUACGAACGGGAUUUGUGUGGAACCAGAAAAAUGCAUGUGUUUGCCCUCAUAUAAAAAAUCAGAGAACGGUGUUUGUGUACCAGCUUGCGAACCUGGUUGGAUAUUGAAGGAUAAAAAAUGCGUUGCACAAUGUAAAAUAUCAUGUGGCAACGGAACAUGUACAUUUCCUAACGUUUGUGUCUGCUAUCCUGGAUAUCGUAUCGAUUUUACUAGAUUGUUAUCAUCGGGAAAAAUAGAUGCUGCGCUAUGUGUUCCUUCGUGCACUAAUUGUAAUGGUACCUGCGUCGCUCCAGGCGUAUGCGUUACAAAACAGUCGUUGAUUUCUGUUUGUGAUGGGUGCAAUGAGACACAAACAGCUAACACAACGGAAGAAAAUACGAAUAGCACAUUGGAUGACUCUGAUACUUAUACAAGUGGAUAUAAUACUUAUUAUGAUGAUUCUAUUAGCAGCACAAUAAUAUAUGAUGAUAUAGAUAAUGCAACAGCUAGUUCAUGGAUCGCCGAUCACUGGAUACCUCUUUUUGUGCCAAUUGUGGGUAUAAUAGCGGCCAUUGUUCUCCUCUUCUUAGUAUACCGAUACACACCAGCAUGUGUAUUCUUUAAAGGAAAGAGUUACGUUGUUAAAAAUGGACCCCAAGAAAAGAAAACAAAAGGAGACGAAUCCUACAGUUUUGAAGACGUUAAAAUUCGAUUUUCAAACGUUAACAAAACGAAAUGAUGAAAUAUUUUUGUAUAUAAAUAAUUAUUCAAUAUUUUU